AUGGAGGACAACGCGGAGCUCCAGUCCAUUUUCGAGGACGAGAUCCAGCUCAAGAGUGACUUGGACCAACCGGGUGUGGCGAGAUCCUUCACCAUCUCAGUGCCCGGCCCUCAUGCCAUCGUCCUGUUAGUGCAUUUGCCUCGAGGAUACCCGUCCACAGACGCUCCAAUCGCAGAAGUGUACGAGUCUUUCGGCCUGACAAAUGCCCAGAGAGAUGAAAUCCUAGAGAACCUGACUGCUAUCUUCGAGCGAGCGAGUCGUCAAGUGUGUCUCUACGAGUGGAUCGAAGAUGUGAGGGAGAAAUACGCCAACGCUGAGCUCAAUUCCACUCAAAUAGACGCCCGUGAGGACAGUGACGAAGAGGGAAUUGCAGUCCAAGUCCAACUUGAUGCUGUGGAGUAUUUCGAAGCCGAUUCCCAAACUCUGCGACCUCGUGUCCGCACAGCGCAACUUGUGCGCGAUGUCGAGCGUGAGGCGGCGAUUGCACCGCUAAUUGUCCACGGCACAGCGAUCGUAGACCGAAAAAGCACUUUUAUCGCUCAUGCGUGCCCCGUCAAAUGUGUUGAGGACGUUCGCUCUUUCCUCGCUCUGCUACUGGACGAUCGCAAGGUUGAGCGCGCGAUCCACAACAUGUUGGCGUAUCGAAUCAUCGGCGAGUUCACUGUCAAAGACAACGACGAGGACGGCGAACACGGAGCUGGAAGUAAACUGUCGAAUUUGCUAGAACUGCUCAAAGCUGAGAACGUGGCUGUAGUGGUGACGCGUUGGUACGGCGGGAUUAAACUUGGUCCAGAUCGCUUCAAGCACAUCAACGCUAGCGCUCGACAAGUACUGGAAGAUAAUGGCUUCUUGGAUGACGCGAACUUGCAUCACGGCUCCAAGAAGAAAGGCAAGCGGUAGAGUAGGACGCAACUUGCUCAUGAUAUUGUGUUCGUGUCCGGUUGCGUUAGCGCUAAAGGAGGUGCAAAUCUGUGAAAUGUACCUACGACGUCAUUUUAGACUGAGAAUAGCCUUACAAGAUACGGUUUCCUAGCGCCGACGAGAUGAGCAUGAGCGGUAUGUCGACCGUAAUCUGAACUCCAUCGCCAGGU